AUGUCAGCAUCAAACUGGCUACUAUUAAGUAUAGUAAAUUUACUUGAUGAUGUUAAAGCUGUUGCUAAAUCACAUGGUGUAUGUCAAUGUCGAACACUUCGAAAUAAAUUACAUCUGUCGUCAUUUCUUCCAAAGAUUGAGACCAUGUUGGGUGAUUGGUUGAAGCCUUGUGACACCAAUCCAUUUUCUGUUAAUGAUUUUUUGUUGUGGCAACAAUCCUGCUGGCUAGUUGCACCAUUACAAUCAUAUAGCUGUCCCGCUGACAUGAAACAAUAUUCAUGUAAACAUUCAGUUGGAUUGGCAAUUUUAUUGAGGGCUGUCAACUUAUCCUUAUACAGUAUAAUCACGAAGUGA